AUGCAGCUGAUGCUGUGCCUCUGCUGUGGCUUCGCUCGCGGGGAACUCGCUGAAAACGUCAAGGAGAACAUUUUGUUCUCUUCUGAGACCAGCAGCCUCGCCCGCGGCGCCAGGGGAACGGCGGCCACCGACUUGGUCAGGAGGGAAGACGAGGAAGUCGAAAAGAGAGAAGGAACUGUAGAUGCAGCAGCCGGGAGAGAGGCGGGGAGAGGAAUUUGGGAAGCAGCCUCGUGGAGGGGAAAGGACGGCUGCGAAACAGAAGGGCGCGAGGCAACGGGAUGUUCACCGAAGCAAGAGGAAGAAGAGCAAGAGGAAAACGAGCAACCAGACCAAGAGGAAGAAGAGCAAGAGGAAGAAGAGCAACCAGAGCAAGAGGAAGAAGAGCAAGAGGAAAACGAGCAACCAGAGCAAGAGGAAGAAGAGCAAGAGGAAGAAGAGCAACCAGAGCAAGAGGAAGAAGAGCAAGAGGAAAACGAGCAACCAGAGCAAGAAGAAGAAGAGCAAGAGGAAAACGAGCAACCAGACCAAGAGGAAGAAGAGCAAGAGGAAGAAGAGCAACCAGAGCAAGAGGAAGAAGAGCAAGAGGAAAACGAGCAACCAGAGCAAGAAGAAGAAGAGCAAGAGGAAAACGAGCAACCAGACCAAGAGGAAGAAGAGCAAGAGGAAGAAGAGCAACCAGAGCAAGAGGAAGAAGAGCAAGAGGAAAACGAGCAACCAGAGCAAGAGGAAGAAGAGCAAGAAGAAGAAGAGCAAGAGGAAAACGAGCAACCAGACCAAGAGGAAGAAGAGCAAGAGGAAAACAAGCAACCAGAGCAAGAGGAAGAAGAGCAAGAGGAAAACGAGCAACCAGAGCAAGCGGAAGAAGAGCAAGAGAAGGAAGAAGAAGAGAAGGAAGAAGAUGAACAGAAUGAGGAACAAGGUGCACAAAAGGAAGGAGAGACGGACGGAGGAUAG